AUGGAUGAAACGCCGAAAUUCCACGUCACCACGGUGUACGAAGCUCGAUCAUCUCCGUGAAUUCUACAACCGUUCGAAACGAAUCGACGCCGGUCCGGGCUUCUCGACCUGUCUCCUACGACUCUUUGCCUGUACUCUUGCAACCGUCGGCCCUGUGUUACCUCUCUCUUUCGCGACACCGACGAAACGGCGAAGGGUGGGUAGUGAUAUUGCAUGCUGCGAUACCGAACGCAGUGGUGGUAGUGUUGGCCAGUGGUGGUGGUGGUGGUGGUGGUGGUGGUGGUGGUGGUAGUGAUGGUGGUGGUGGCGGCGGCGGUGAUACUAGGGAUGCUGGUGGUAGUGACGGUUUAAAUUUCAGCCGCGUGCUCGGGUUCACGUACGUGAGCCAUUACACGGGUCCGCAGGCUUUCUCGUCAACCGGAAACGGGGAAGGAGAGGAGAGGAGAAAGGAUAUAAAAGAGAAAAGACGUCCACGAAGGUGCCUAAUGCUUCUCAACGACAUGGAGCUGCUAAUGUUCUUAGCAGUAACGGCCUCCCUUUUGGGCAAUUGCCAAACGGACGAAAAAGUGUCAUUUUAUGGUGCGAGCUACAUUCAUUUUCCGGUGCAAGAAGCUAAGGGUGCGACUGACAUCAGCUUCCGGUUCCGAACUCAUCUUGCGGACGCUAUGCUGCUAUUGGCCGCUGGCAAGACGGAUUACUGCCUGAUCAAACUCGAAGCUGGCAGAUUGAAGGUGCACAUAAACUUAGGCGCCGGCGAGAGCGAGAUGGCCAGCGCCCGUGGACUAACAUUGAACGACCUGAGCUGGCACAAGGUGAAUGUGACGAGACGGGAGGCGAAUAUCACGCUACAGAUUGACGUGAUACACACGACCAGGUCUCUUCUGCCAGGACGUUUCUUCGAAUUGAAUAUACACUACGGAGUCUUCAUCGGGGGACAGGGUGACUUUAACGAGCUAUUUCUAGGACACACGGAUUACUUGCGGGGCUGCAUGGCUGACAUCAUAUACAAUGGCGCCAGAGUAAUAGAAUAUGCCAAGUCGAGAAAAGGCCAGUCAGAGGCGACCGCCGUUACGUGGAGCUGUUCGCCGGAAUUCGACGCCACGAGAAGCACGGAAGUUAGUUUCGUGGAGGAUGGUGCGUUCACAGCGAUCCCAAGACCUAUUCCACGCUCCGGCUCCAAAUGGGAAUUCGAGUUGAAGACCGGCGCGGAGAACGGCCUGCUGCUGUACAACACCGGGCAAUCGUCGUACGCCGAUUACCUUGGGAUCGAGUUGUUCGAGGGUAAAAUUCGACUUCUGAUGAACAAAGGGAACGGGCCGACCGAGUUGAUACACGGCACGCCGGUGGCGGACGGCAAGUGGCAUCGGGUGGCCGUUGAUUUCAAUCCGAGCGGAAUCGGGAUCACGGUCGACCGUCAGGAAAAAACGAUCGCUCUGCCGUCCGGCGGAAAUCGUUACCUCGAUCUGGCCGACAUCCUGUACAUCGGCGGCACCGAGCUGAAUAAACGCGCCAGAGCACUCGGCAAGGGCCUCAAGUCCGGUGACGUGAGCUACAAGGGCUGUCUGCGAAAUAUGCUGCUGGAUAACAAGGAGCUCGGUCUGGCGGACGUUAAAAUCAGUCAGGGUAUCGUUGUUGGCUGCGUUUGGGGAUUUCCCUGUAUCGAGGCUGAUCCCUGUGUUCCCGAGGCAGUUUGCUCGCAGCUAGGUGUCAGCUCGUUCAAAUGCAACUGUGAUCAACCACUGUGCAUCAAGCCGAACUACGCCGAGGAUUACAAGAUCUACUCGAGAGCAAAUUUACCGGUGAACUUGGAGAUACUCUCGCUGAGUCCCCUGAUGCUGUCCGAAGGGGGACACGCGCUGGUGACGAGCGAUAACAUAGCCAUGGUACUAGACAUUGCUAAAUAUGGCGUGGAAGAGGACGGUGUUAUCUUCACCUUGGUAACCCCGCCCACGUAUGGUACUCUGGCCCUGGACCUUUUAACGACCAAAACCGACCAUUCCUUCACUCUUCAAGACAUUAAUCGAGAUAAGAUACAAUACAUGCACGACGGCAGUGAAACCACAGAGGACAGUAUGAUCCUGGAAGUGACAUUAGUGGCGGGAGCUGGUUACACAUUGCCAGGCUAUCUACGAGGACGACUUAGGUUUCCGCUUCAUGUCAACAUUACGCCCGUUAAUGAUCCGCCGUUGCUCGAAAUAUCGACCGCGAAAGUUCUACGUCUCGCCCAAGGCACGAGGAAAGUCUUGACGAAAGAAUUAAUUUGGGCGAUCGAUGCCGAUACGUCGUCAGACAUGUUAGUUUACACGGUCUUACGUACCGACGCGGAUGCUGGCUAUGUGGAAAGAGUAACUUACCCGUCGCGACCUAUCGACACGUUUACCCAGGCUGAAUUGAUGCAAGGAUUAAUUGCAUACGUACACCGCGGAAAUGCAAAACCGAACACGAAGCUCGAUCUCCGGGUGAGCGACGGUAUAGAAAGCAGCCAGCCAGCGAGUCUGAGGGUGGCGGCUCAUCCCUUGGAAAUCAAGUUGAUGCACAAUACAGGACUGGUCGUGGUGCAUCGGUCUUACUCGUACCUGACACCGGCGAAUCUCUCUUUCACCACCAAUUCCGACGACAACACUAUUGAUAUAUGCUACGAUAUCGUCUCACAGCCGCAAUUUGGCACGAUUCAAAAGGACGUCACGAGUAGCUGGAUGAACGUCGAUCAUUUUACCAGCAGGGAUAUUGAACUGCACGCGAUACGCUACCUUCACAACGAGGGCAGCCCGAACCAAGACGAGUUCAAGUUUCAAGUGAGCGUCAGGGAAGUAAGGGUGCAGCACACCUACGAUUUUCGCAUCACCUUCAUCGAUCUUGAGCUGAAAGAAACGAAAAGAGUACCGAUUAACUUCACCAACGUGGCAGAGGUGACUGUCACCGGGCAGAAUUUGCGAUACCAAACGAAUCCAUUGAUAACCGCGUUCAACAAGAUCGCGUUCACCGUAACAACGGGACCAAGGUACAGUAAUCUGUUCCUUUCGAGUCGGAGAUUAGAAACUGGCGACACGUUCACGCAAGAAGACAUCGACUCCGGUAAACUGCGAUAUCGACUGUUCAAAAGAGCCUAUUCCACUAUCCUGGAUGAAUUCGCCUUCAAAGUGAGCGCCCCGCAGUGCAUCGAUUUACACUCGAGCCUGAAGUUUAGGCAUUACCUCAGCAAGAACGUAAAACCUUUGGACAGCGUAGAAACUCUGAGGGUCGACGAAGGUUCCAGAGCGCCUUUAAGAAUUCUACGAACGAAUCCAAAGGAUUACGGAGUUACGUCGCUGAUGUACAACUUGACGAUAGUUCCGCAUCACGGUUGGUUGACCGUCACAAACAACUCCAAGUUUCACUCUCGCAACAACACCUCCUAUUUUACUUCCGAGGAACUUUCGUCCCAAAAAGUCUACUACGUUCACGAUGACUCGGAGACUAGGGAAGAUUCGUUCCAGUUCGUCGCUAUUGCCUCGGAUGCGGUGGAUUUUAUGUACGUUAGCCUGUUCCGCAUCGAGAUCACGAUGAAGAACGACAAUGGUCCAGAACGAGUGAUUCACAAAGUGUUCCACGUGGUCUCGAAGGGCGAGAGGUUACUGACGAACAAAGAUCUCGCGUACAUAGACAAGGACAUCGAUACGAAGCCCAGCGAGCUGAUCUACACGAGAAGAGAUACGCAGAAGAACGGAAUAUACAGGGUGACCAAUCCCACGUCGCAGAUACACGAGUUCAGUCAACAAGACAUCGACGACAAUCAGAUACUGUUUAAACAUCAGGGCGAGGACCACGGAAAGUUCGAGUUCGGUGUAACCGAUGGUCAUUUUUACACGGCUGGCGUCCUCGAAAUUCAAGCCAGCCCUCCUUACGUGAGGUUGAGAGAGAGCAACGGGUCCGUGGUGCAAUUUAAUCGAUCGGUUUCUCUUCAACCGAACGAGUUCGAUGUUGAAACGAACGUGUACAUCUCCGACAAGGAUAUCAAGUACGCGAUCUUAGAGAAACCAAAGCACGGAGUGUUGUUGAAGCACGGCAGGGAGACGAACACGUUCAACAAAGAGAAUCUGCGUUACGGUAUAAUUUUGUACAAACAUCUCGGAGGAUCUUUGGCGAAGGACGACUUUAGAUUCAAAGUGUCGGCGAAAGGAGCAGAGGCAGAUGGAACAUUUCUAAUUAACAUUUAUCCUGAAAGCUAUUGGCAGCCGUUGAUCGUGCAAAAUAAUAAAACGAUAUUCGUGGAGGAGGCCACUAGUAUUAUAUUAAGUAGAAAGAGCCUGGAGAUCAUGCAUCCCAAGAUAGCUGAUUCUGAAAUAGUUUAUUUUCUGAAAGAGUGGCCGCAAAAUGGAUAUCUGGAGCUACAGAUUCACGACGAGCACAGCGACGAGACUCGAGAAGAUUACAUCGGAAACGCGGUGAAGUCUUUCGAUCAAAGCAUGAUAAACGAGGGUCGCGUGUUCUACGUACAGUCCGUGAUAAAUCAAACGAACGACAAAUUUGUCGUCAACGUAACGAACGGGAUAACGUGGCUGCGUGGCCUUUGCGUGAACUUCGUGAUCGUUCCGGAAAAGCUUUACGUCGAAGCAAAGGGCGUUGUCGUGAUCGAGGGGAAGAGUAUCAUUCUCGGCGAAACGAAUUUCUCUAUUCUAACACCUUAUUAUUCCGGCAAAGUGACGGACUACAGAGUUCUGGAAAAACCGAAACACGGCAUGAUUUUGGAAUCGACCAAGAAUUCUCAGGUGAAGAAUUUCUCGCAGAAACAUCUAACCGGUGGAAUAAUAUUGUAUAAGCAUAACGGCGAUGAAUCUUCGAAUGAUUCGUUCAAGAUGAUGCUCGUUGCCGACGAUAAAAUCAGCGAACCCUUUGACGUUUGGGUCACGGUACAACCCGUGAACGAUGAAGUACCUCUACUCGUUAACAGGACUAAAUUAAUCGUUUGGCAAGGUGGUUCGAUCACGUUAACGCCUGAUCAAUUAGCGGCUGUUGAUAAUGAUACCGCGGCGCGUGAUAUAAUGUACAACAUCAGUGGAGUUAGAAACGGAUUGAUUUCGUUAAAGUCCUCUCCGAGGGUAGACGUUUAUAGUUUCACGCAGGAACAAAUCGACCAGUCGAAAAUCAUGUUCACCCAUACGAACGGUUCCGACGCUGAAUUCAAUUUCGUGUUAUACGACGGAGUACACACCACGGAACCUUAUACGGUAUUGGUAGCUACUAAACCUGUUCGAUUGAUCAUCGAGCAGAACGCUGCACCAAAUGUUUUUCCAUUAACGAGAAAAAUGAUAACGAGCAAAUUACUGUUAACGAGAUGUUCGGACGAAUCUCGAGAAAUAAAAUACACGGUACGAAACGGACCGCAUCUCGGUAGGAUCAUCAUGGAAACAAGCGAGGGCGCGUGGUUGAAUGUCGAUCGGUUUAAACAAAAAGAUAUUAAUAAUAGCAAAGUUUUCUACGAACACACCAAGCAAUUUAUGGACUUGACCGCCAACGAUUCAUUUACGUUCGACGUGUUUCAAAUAGAUAUUUCAGUCUCCAGUGGUGGUCUAGACAGAUAUAUCUCCAUAAAGAACGUGAGAGUCCAAGAGGGUGGUUCGGCUCAAGUUAUCAUGAACAUCAGCGGGAUCGUGUCAUUUCUUCAAACUCACGCUGGUAUCGAGAAUCCAGCGGUACUCUCGCGAUUGGUCAGUCAACCGAGCCACGGCCACGUGAUGAUUCUACCAGAUUUGAAUGUCACCACUUUCUCCCAGCCGCAAAUCGAAGGUGGAAAAAUCGCGUAUUACCACGAUCAUUCGGACACGUUGGAAGACCGCAUCAAUUUUUCUCUUUACCUGACUCCUGGUCACAUCCUCCUAUGCAACACUAGCAUCCCGGUAAUAAUCGAGCCAGUGAACGACGAACCGUUCAAAUUAAACACGAACGCGCCGUCCAUUACGGUGGUUCAAAAUCAAAAUCAGACGAUAACCAAAGAGAACUUACUGACAACUGAUCCAGACACGCCGCCAGAAGAAAUUGUAUACGACGUGAUAUCUAGGCCAACGUACGGCCGCCUAUUACUUCUACCAUUCAACGAAAAUAUCUCGGAGGUUCGUCAAGUGAACAAAUUCACCCAACACGACGUCGAUUCCAAUCGGCUAGUAUAUGAACACAAUGGGCCUCUUCAAGCGGCUUCCUUUUACUUCCGGGUAUGGGAUGGUCGUUUCAAUCCAGCGUAUACGGUGUUCAACGUGUACGUUUUGCCUAUCAAACUGAAUGUUACCGUUCCAAGUCCCGUGAAUCUGCAACAAGGCUCCAAUGUGGCUCUAAUCUCCGAAAAUAACGUAAAACUCGACACUAACGCGAGGCAAGAUCUAAUCAUUUACGAAGUAACGACGACUCCAAAGUACGGAGUGUUGUACGUACGUGACGAAGCGGCGGCUAGCUUUAAGCAAACAGAUUUGCUGUCGAAAAGCGUGAUGUUCAUGCAAACAGAUAUGACUGUAUCGAACGACAGUCUCGAAUUGACCGCGCGACUGAGCGGAUUCGAACAGAAAAACAUUAGAAUCGAGAUCAAGGUAGUACCCCUGAUGAUUAUGAAUUCUAUGGUCGCUCUGACAGGCGAGAAGACUAGAAUAACGUUACAACACAUGGACGCUACACCAUUGGCUAAGCUAACGAGCAGCAAUCCCACAUAUACGAUUAUAAAAAAACCGAAAUUUAGUAAGAUAAAGAGAAUCAUCAGAAGUUCUUCGUCUUCCGGUGAGAAACGAGGAAAUCGUGAGAAAGAAGUGACUAAGUUCUCUCACCAGGAAGUGAUGUCCGGCGUGAUUUACAUGAUUUGCAGAAAAAUUCCAACGAUGGAGUACGAGGGAAUAUUAGAUAGCUUCACGUUCGUUUUAGCGGCCUCUAUUUUUCAACCAGCCGUCGGUGACUUCGAAUUUCGCGUGAAACUCGACAUAGACGAGUAUAAUAUCACGCUGGGUGCUCCAAUGGACCCAGUGGGUCACGAAGGUGAAAAGUUCCCGCCGCAUAUGAAAAAAGAUUAUUUGUUAGUCAUAGGGAUGUUACUUGGCUUAGUUUUACUCAUUGUAGUAAUGGUCAUUGUCAUGAUAAUGUGUAAACUGAACAAAUACAAAUACAAACAUACCGAAGAGGAAAAACCAGAACCGACUCCGGCGGUCGGUGUAAUGCCUCUUCCAAGACCUCCGGAUCACUUGAUGCCUGUAACACCUCAUGUAAAACGUUACGCCAACGAUCACAAUAGCGUGGCAGCCAGCACGCCAUUACCAGUUCUACCAACGAUGACGUCCACCCUACCUCAAUGCAAGGUGAUACCUCUGAAUCCCUUGGAAAGUAUCACAGGAUCUGAAGUGGAUGUUUCAGCAAAGUAUCCGUACGGCGUCGUGGAUGGAGACGAAUGGAGCAGCUUCGACACGUCCGAUCUACCUUGUCAGUCGGCCACCACACAGCGGACCAACAACCCCUUGCUAAGAAGAAAUCAGUAUUGGGUGAUCAUUAACAAUAAGUCGAGCAUCAGAGUUUCCAUCGAUUCUUUCGUUCUCUUUUUUCACAUCAUAAAUUCUGACAAGAACACUAAUAAUAAUAUUCGGACUAGUAAAGGAAUAUCUUUUUGCGUGGUUUGCACUACUGCAAUCCCUACGAUUCUGGGUGAACUCGUUAAAUAUAAAAAAAUACAAACCCAAGACUAUCAUCGCUAUUAUCGAUCGAAUGUGCCUAAGAUAUUAUCUCUCAAAUUUUGUAAGAAUUUUUCCACGAAGCCUGCACGAUGUCGAUUUCACUGUCGAUUUCCUCAGUUGGAUGAAAAGGAAGUUCGAGAUUCAAAACGGCCGACGUCAAUCCGGUCGAUGAUCGUUUUCGAAGCUCGUUUACUUUCAGCCAAGUCUACGUCACUCAGGAUAUUUCUCUUUCAAUGCUUCGUAGCGUCAUCCCUCCUUCAUCGAUACAUAAGUAUCGUUCUUUUUUUUUUUUUUUUUACGAAACCUAAAAAAGAAAACCAUCUCGAUAGAAUAUCGAGGGUAAAUGAGACGGGAAAUAUUAACUCGAGAACAUCAGAGGUAUUUAGAACUAUUGCCAGACGCAAAACGUUGCGCAUACUCGCUCGAAGAGAUUUUGUAAAGGAAAAAAACUACAAAAAGGACUGCGCAUUUCAG